ACGUUCAAUCUCAACUGUAUCACAUACUGUGCGCAUGGCCUCGUGAGCAACCGUACCAUGUGCUGUGUCCCGCUAAAAACGUCAUGCCGCGGAUGCUGCCCUGCCCCACCAUCAUCGUGCGAACCUGAUCUCGACCCCGCGCUACUACCACCCGGCAGCAAGACCCUCAAGCUCUCCUCCAACUAGCUCACCGACAAACAAUCACCAUCACCUACAUCCACCUCUCUAGGAAUAUUUACUACCACCAAUAUGCCAGGAGCCAAGUACACCGAGACCUACAAAAAGGUCAGCGCCAUGGGCGAGAAGCUCAAGGCGGCUGGAAAGCAGGGUCCCAGCAACGAUGAGCAGCUACACCUGUACGCGUACGCCAAGGUAGCAGAGGGCAAGGACAUUAACGACGCCAAGAAGCCUGGCAUGUUCGAUCUUGCUGGCAAGGCCAAGUACAACAAGUGGAAGGAGGUUGUUGACGCCGGUACCACCCAGAAGCAGGCCGAGGACAAGUACGUCGAGUUGGGUGAGCAGUUAUUGGCCAAGCACGACAACUAGGUGUGGGUAGAUCAUUAAGGCAGGACUCGCGUGCAAUCAUAGUAUUGCUACGGCUGUAUCAUCGCCUAUACAUCGUUAUAAA